AAAUGAAUUGCGAGUUCAUUCCCAGCAACAAAUCCACAACAGAAUCUGUACUGAACUCUAUUAAAUUGUGUGUUACUUUUAAUAUUUGAAUAGUAUACAUUCUUUGAAAUUACUAACGCAAAACGUAGCCAACUAACCUUUUUUUAAGCACAAAAUUCCACAAGAAUAAACGACAGACAAUGGACGAGGGUUUAUGGCAGCGGACACAGGCCCUGAAUCUCUAUACAUUCGGGCAGGCAUUGCAGAACGAGGAUAGCCUCACCCAGAGUCAGGGCGAGUCUUCAUUGAACCCCGGGGCAAAGGAGUUUGUGCCAUCGUUCAAGAGCACCAAACUGAAGGAUGUAAAGGAAUUUGUACCCAUGUGCAAGAGCGGAACGGCGAAGGAGUUUCUUCCCUCAUCUAAGAACACAGAGGUGAAGGAAUUUUUUCCCUCAUUGAACAACACAGAGGUGAAGGAAUUUGUUCCCUCGUAUAAGCACUUGGAAGCGAAGGAGUUUGUGCCCCCGCAUCCAAAAGCGAAGGAAUUUCUGCCCUCGUAUCCAGAAGCGAAGAAGUUUGUGUCCUCGUAUCCAGAAUUUAAGGAUUGUGUGCCCUCGUAUAAGCAAAAGUCCGAGGAGAAGAAUACAGCGUCCACAUCGACACAAAGAUUGUCGCAUGGGGAGGCAAGUGGCGAUGCAAAGAGUUCGCAACGCCGCGAGGGUACUACCGAUGGCAAGAUAUCGCAACGCGAUAUACAGGAUAUCUUUAUACAGCGGCAGAUCUUUGAGUUCCUCACCGAGCUGGGUGACGAACAGAUGCCCCUGGACACCAUCGUUGUGGCUCUCUUGCCCAAUGGCCAGGGACUCGGUGUAAAUUUUACGACCAAAGAGUAUGUCGGUGGCAAGAAUCUGUUGGACGAGGCCUUGUGCAGGAACACUUGCCUCACUCUGCAUGUCAACGACCCCGAUGAGUUGGCCAGCAAGCCGGAGAAUGUGCUGGUUAAUCAGUUUCUCAUUCGCGUGAACGAUCAGCUAAGCGAAAAGUUGGAGCACACCAAUGCCGUGGUGGCGCCCAAGGGUCGCAUGAACAGGAAUCGCAGCUACACGGAGCUGGAGAUCGAGCAGCAGAUCGAGGGCAUCAAGGUGUUCGACAACUUCUUCAACUACACCGAGUCGAUGCGCACCCAGGAGAGGGUCACCCAAAAGGCCUUCAAGGAGCUGUUCCACAGUCUGGGAAUGAUCGCCCAGAGAAGCUGUGCAACCACGCCAGUUGAGAGUCCCCGCAAAUCGAGUCUGCCCUUUCCGAAAGCCACCAAAAUCGAUGAAGAUGAGGAGGAGGUAGAGGUGGAUGUGGAUGUGGAGAAAGUGGAGGAGGUAGAGGCGGAGGAGUUCUUUUCCUCUUGCAACGAUUCCGAGUCUGAGGGCGAUGACAUCACACUUCGCGGCAAGCAACUGGAAACGGAUCUACGCAAGUACAUGAGGGACAAGCUCUAUCGCUUUGAGGAUGACAAUGGCCCUCAGCUGGUGAACCAACUCAGCGAUGCCGAUCUGCAAGAGAUGAUGCCGAACAACUUCGAACAAAGUGGACCGCCAUCCACGCCAGCCAUAUCCCAGACGUUGGCCUACAAGUGCCCCAAGACCACACAAAAGUGUGUCAUGCAUUCAACGCUGAUGACACCAACGGCGGCAGCACCUCGCAACAUUCCUCGCCCCAACCAGAAGCAAAGGGUGUCCGUGCCCUCACUCAGUCAGAAAGGCCGGCAUGGCGUCGCCACAGGCAGCAACACAUCUGCGGUGACUGCCAAGAAGCUGCAGCCAGAGCGCCCGGCACAGUUCAUUGCCACAGGUGUGCGCACCAAAACGAAUCAGCGCCUUGCCAAAAUGGGAGCAGCUGGACAUGCUCAGCAUUCCAGCAGCAUGGCAGCUGCGGCUAUGGCCGUUCGUAUGGUCAAGACCAGUUCCAGUGGCAGGGCUGCUACGGUUACACAGAAGCAGCAAUUGAAUCUCGCCAGCAAGUCGACAGGUACUGAAAUUUCCAGCAAUCGUGGAGGAGUGACUGCUGCCACGAAGCCAAAAAAUAACACUCAAGGGGGCUCUAAGAAGAUGCUGCCACGUAGCACAAAUGCCUCGUUGAUGCGUCAGCAAGAGGUCAAGCGGCGCCUGAGUCUUAUGCACGGCGACAGUGAUCCCGAUUUGCUCUACAACGAGUACCUCUUCAAGUAAUUAUUUUGGCAUUAAAUGCAAUGGACGUUACGUUUAUGUUACUAAUAUUGUGGUUCAAAUACAAGUGUUUAAUGCGUAGACUAC